UCAGUCAUUUUGAAUGGGAAGCUAGAAAACUCCCUUAGAAAUUGAUUCGAAGAAAAGCAUUUGGAAGGCAUCAUCAGUGGAUCGAUCUGUCAUAAGGAUUUGGUUUGAUCUUAGUAAUGGGGCUUCUUAGCAUCAUCAGGAAAAUCAAGAGGAAAGAGAAAGAGAUGAGGAUUCUUAUGGUGGGUCUCGAUAAUUCCGGGAAGACCACGAUUGUGCUGAGAAUUAAUGGGGAGGACACAAGCGUUAUCAGUCCCACAUUGGGCUUCAAUAUUAAGACCAUCAAUUAUGAAAAGUAUAUACUUAAUAUAUGGGAUGUUGGUGGCCAAAGAACGAUAAGAUCUUAUUGGAGAAACUACUUUGAACAGACUGAUGGUUUGGUAUGGGUUGUUGAUAGUUCAGAUGUUAGAAGAUUAGAUGAUUGCAAAAAGGAGUUGGAUAAUCUUUUGAAAGAAGAGAGAUUAUCUGGAGCCUCCUUACUGAUACUAGCAAAUAAGCAGGACAUACAAGGUGCUCUGACACCAGAUGAAAUAGCUAAGGUGCUCAAUUUGGAUGCUAUGGACAAAACCCGGCACUGGAAAAUUGUGGGUUGUAGUGCGUACAGAGGAGAAGGAUUGCUCGAGGGAUUUGACUGGUUGGUUCAGGACAUUGCCUCUCGAAUCUAUGUCCUUGACUAGAUGCUCC